AUGUCAUACGCUAGCCACUGGUCGCCGGGCACCUACCCGCCCGCGCACCGCUCCGACCACGUCGACGAGUACAAGUCCGCCAAGCAGGGCACCGUACGCGUCGCAGACCCGUACAACUGGCUCGAGCGUGACACGCCCGAGACGCAGAACUGGGUGACCGAGCAAGAAGCGUACACGCGCGCCUUCCUCGACCAGAACUCGCAGCGCGGUCAGCUGGAGGACAGCAUCCGCGCCAGCACGGACUUUGAGCGUUUUGGUCAUCCGUCUCUAAAGGCCGACAACCGCUGGUACUGGAGCUACAACUCCGGUCUGCAGGCGCAGAGCGUGUACUACCGCAGCAAGGACGCCACGCUGCCAAGCUUUAACAACGGCGAAACCGGUGCAGGCGGCGAGGUCUUCUUCGAUCCCAACGUGCUCAGUGAAGAUGGCACGGUAAGCCUCGCGACCGCCGCAUUCUCGCGCGACGGAAAGUACUUCGCGUACGCGCUCAGCCGCUCUGGCAGCGACUUUACGACGAUCUACAUCCGGCCAACAACCGCACCCUUAACGCGUGCAGAUGACGGCGGCGCAUUAUCCGACGAGGUCCGUUUCGUCAAGUUCAGCGGCAUAUCCUGGACACAGGACGGCAAGGGUUUCUUCUACCAGCGCUACCCGGAUCGUGCGUCACACGGUGAAGCUACGAGCGACAACGCGGGAACCGAGACGGAAGGCGACCGCGAUGCGAUGUUGUACUACCAUCGCGUUGGCACCCAGCAGUCUGAGGAUGUUCUUGUGAUGCGCGACGCGGAGCACCCUACGUACAUGUGGCACGCAAGCGUAAGCGAGGUCGACGGGAAGUACCUCUACCUCUACACCAGCAAGGACACAAGCAGGAAAAACCUGCUUUGGGUAGCAGAUCUGACAACUCAAGAGAUUGGCGCCAAUAUGAAGUGGACCAAGGUCAUCGACGAGUUUGAAGCCGACUACGGCAUCAUCGGCAACGACGGCACUAAACUCUACUUGCACACCAACGCCGACGGCGCGCUGCGGUAUAAGAUCAUCACGGUCGACCUCGAAGAGUUUGCUGCAGCCGGAGAAGGUGCGAAGAUCUCCAGCCUCGCUCGUGAUCUCGUCCCCGAAGAUCCUGAGGCGAAGCUCGACGACUCGACGAUCGUGGGUGGCUCGCGCCUCGUGCUGACCUACCAGCGUAACGUCAAAGACGAGCUCUACAUCCACUCGCUCACUACAGGAAAACGCUUGACACGCCUGGCCGGCGAUCAUGUUGGCGCGCUCGGCAUCAGCGGCCGUCGCGAGCAGCCAUGGUUCUUCGUCAGCCUGACCGGCUUCACCAACCCGGGUAUCGUGCAGCGGUACACAUUCUCGUCAACUACAGCCGCCAAUGGUGACGCAACCGGCGAGAGUUUGUGGCUCAAGGACGCUGAGCUAAAGAAUGAAAGCGAUGAGGGUCAACUGGAGACUUGGCGUGCGACUCGCGUCGCAGGUCUCGCCGGCACGGAAGGGUUCGUUGCCGAGCAGGUGUGGUACGAGAGCAAGGAUGGGACGAAGGUUCCUAUGUUCAUUGUACGGCACGAGAGCACUCCGCUCGAUGGCAGCGCGCCUGUACUCCAGUACGGCUACGGCGGGUUCACAAUCUCGCUUGCUCCAUUCUUCUCGCCAAGCAUGUUGACCUUCCUCGCGGCUUACGGCGCGAUUCUUGCUGUACCCAACAUCCGCGGCGGUGGCGAGUUCGGUGAGGAGUGGCAUCUAGCGGGCACGCGUGAGCGCAAGGUCAACUGCUUCGACGACUUCAUCGCAGCAUCUGAAUGGCUUGUUGCCAACAAAUACACGUCGCGUGGGCGCAUUGUGCUCAAUGGUGGCUCAAACGGCGGUCUGCUCGUCGCUGCAUGCGUCAACCGCGCGCCACCCGGUCUCAUUGGCGCUGGCAUCGCCGAGGUGGGCGUACUCGAUCUGCUCAAGUUCGCUGACUUCACUAUCGGCCGCGCAUGGACAAGCGACUACGGCGACCCUCAUGAGCCCGCCGACUUUGACUUCAUCUACCCAAUCUCGCCAUUGCACAACGUCCCCACCGUCGACGCAGAUGGGAAGGAGGUUGUGCUUCCGCCUACGCUGUUGUUGACGGCGGACCACGACGAUCGCGUUGUCCCGCUACACUCGUUCAAACAUGCGGCGACGCUGCAGCAUGUGAAGAAGGAUAACCCGAAUCCACUUCUUAUCCGCAUUGAGAAGAAGGCUGGGCAUGGUGCUGGAAAGAGUACUGAGCAACGGAUCAAGGAAGCCGCGGACAAGUGGGGCUUCGUCGCUCAGGUUCUCGACCUCGAAUGGAAAGCACCAAAGACGAAGAGUUCAUGA